CCCGCAUUGAUCAAGAGUUUAUUUUGGAUACAGGCAGAGGAAGCUCAGCGAAAGCUUAAGAGACAGAAUGGAGAGGACCCAGCCCUGCCUCCAUUCUGCCCACUGUUUGCCAGCUUGGGAAACAUUCUGCAGUGUGACGUGCUGCUUGGCAUGCUGGGAGCUGUGCUGCAGUGGGCUAUGGAGCCCACUGGAGGACACUGGUCUGAGUCCAUGCUGCAGAGGAUGGUGGUUAGCAUUAAAACGAUGCGCGAGUGCACAGCUGCUGCACCUCCCUGUGAAGGAACUGGGCACUGUCACAAGGAGACUGUGUGGGACAAGGACAAAGCAGAGAGAAAAAGGAAAGCUGAACUGUGCUGGAAAAAGACCAUGGCUCAAACAUUAGAGAGCCAGAGUCAUUUUUUCAAUAAGUACAUAGAUCUGCUCACGCAGGAUUCAGAGGAUCUGGACGCCUCAGCCUCUACAUCAGCAGAGCAUAGCCCCAGUUCAUGUGAUGGUGCUCUGGUGUGUGUGGGACCUCGUCGUUGGAGUGCCAGAGGAGGAGAGAGGAGGCAGAUGGAGAUGUGUAUCCUGUGUCACGAAGCGCAGGAGAUCCUACCUGAUGGCACCGCCAUGGUGCUCGCUGCCUUUGUCCAACGCUCUACGGUCAUGUCAUGUCCAAGAACCGCAAAAGACCCCCUCACAAUCCAGAGAGCUAUGAUCCCCUCUUCAUGCACCCUGACCUGUCCUUUGGUACCCAUACCGGCAGCUGUGGCCACAUCAUGCACUCUCACUGCUGGCAGAGGUGGCGGUAAUGUACAAUUCAGCACAGAAGAAGAAGAGGAGGAGGAGCUGGGGGAAAAGCAAGGAAGAAGAGUAUUAAUGGUGUUUACUGCUCAUCUGGAGAGUCACCGCCAUCUUUCUACAGGGGGUUAGAAGGUUGUUUCGUCCUGAUUGCCUGCACCCCAGCAGCCUCGGAGCGGAACUGCUGUCUGACAACAUCUCCAAGAAGCUACACUCCAAGUGACUGUCUACCCCAACUGGUGAUGUGGAAGUCACACUUAGGGAAGUUAAGGUGGGCAUCCUGACUGUGAGUGAUGAUACCAGACAUGAUGGUUUCGUCCCAGCUGAUGUCCUGAAUGUUGCUGUGAUACUGGAAGGGGAGAUGUUCCUGAUGCUCUUGCUAUACUGCUUGGACUACUCUAUGUUCUGAACAUUAAGUAUCCCAUAGAACUAUGAUAUACCUUUUGAGGUACUUCAGAGAAUUUUCAUGAAAAUUGGCGAGCUGCACAGCAAUAGUUCACAAUCUAAAAAAUAAAUUAAUGCAGUGAUGUAAAAAUGGUGCAAGGCAACCAUAUUGUUCAGGUUUUUUUUCACAUGGAGCUUGGGGGUUCAAGCUUGAGUACAUAGAAUUGGAACUUUUUCACAUUUGAUAUGGUUACAUGGCUAUUUCACCCAAAAAUGAAAAUUUGCUGAUUUACUCAUCUUCAGGUCAUCCAUGAAUACUUUGAUGCAGAUUUUAUCUGCUGUUUGGACUGAAAGUUCAGGCACCCAUUCAUUUGCGUUUUAUGGACCUAUGUAUGGGUUCCGAUGAAGACAAAUGCAUACAAAUCAUGGAUGACCUGGGGUAAAUUAUCAGUAAAUUUUCAUUUUUGGGUGAACUAACACUUUAAAUGGCUUCUGAUCAUAAUUACACAUUGGUUUGUGUGCUUCAGCAAUAUUUUAUUGGUCAACUUGUGUACAAGGCUUAUACUGCGUGUUUGUAGACAAUACGUGUGCUGAGCCUUUGAAGUGUGAUAAUGCUGUUUUUUUUGUUAAUUUUAUACUUUUAUUCUCAUUUUGGAUACAAUUUUAUUUAUUUACUAAUAUUUAUUGUAUAAAUAUUAAAAAUAUAUUUAUAGUACUAAUAUUGAGUACAUCUAACUUAAAUGCUAGUUGAGGCAACUUUGCAGUUGAAUAAAGAAGUUGAGACGACUUAACUUUUCCUAACUACAUUUUAUAAGUUACAAUUACUUUAAGUGAACUUUUGUAUUGAAGUUCAUAAAACUAAAAAAAAAACUAAAAAAAAAAAAAAAUGGAAAAAGGCCACUUUAUGUUGUAAGUUGAGUCAACAAUUGUUGUUUUGUUUUUUUUUACAUUUUAUUUAUUAUUAUUUUUUGGGGUGUAAACUGUCCUGUGGUAUGUCAUUAGUGUUUUAUUUUUUUAUUUUAUUUUUAUUGUUUGUAUUACUCUGUGUCUUAAGCAGCACUGUAUGUGUAAAUGCACUGUAGGAUCGCUAUAAAUCAUCAACAAAUUCCUUGUAUAUUCAAGCAUACUUGGCAAGUAAAUCUUAUUCUGAUUCUGAAAGCUGUUCAUCACCCUCAGUCCUAAACUCUCAUCUCAUCCCCAUCUUAUGAUCUCUAACCCAAAUGUCUUUGGUGUACAGCACAAACAAAUGAACUGGUCUCACCGCUCCAAUAGUUUCAGAAGGGACUGUAGCUAGUUCUGACCAUGUAGCUGUGACUCUACAAACCCAAAGUAGCAGUUUCAUCUUUAAUUUUCUCUGACACUGGGAAAACAUGAUAUUUUCAGACUAGGAUAUCAUUUCAAACAGCUGAAAAUUUCAAACAAUAAUCUGAGAUUAUUCUAACGAAGAAGUUUAAACAUGAAGGCAUUGAAAUGGGCAGCAUCAGCAUAAUCUGCACCAACUCUAGUAUGUUCUAGAGAAAAGAUGAUACUUUUCAAUUUCAUUUAAACGCUUACAACGCUUAACUUAUCAAAACCAACCAUAAAAGGAUACCAUACACAACCACUCAGUACUACUGCAGGCCUACCUUGUAAUCUAACCUGUAGGGGUCCUUUGUCAACAUGGUCUCCCACAGGCCACUGUAGGUCUUGUCCUUGAAAUUGUGGCUGAUUUUCAGCCCCUGCCACUCAUCCUGCAUUGCAGCCAUGUUGCACACCGAUCUGCAGGAUUGAACAGAGCAAGUGAGUUUACAUAACAUUGUCUCAUAUGGUAUUGCAGUGUCAAAUAAGUUCUUGCGUCUCUAGAGGCUCCUUGAAAUCCCUCACCAGGUCUGCCACAUCACCAAAAGAGAGAAGGCUGGCCUGGUCCUCUGGCCAUGUGUCAGUGUUUAGCACUCUGAAAGACUCCACAGGGGUCUGGGCACCUUCAUCCUUCAGCAAACCACCAAACCUGGCUUUGAGCUCUUCCAUGCCAAUGUUGAUGGCUGCGUCUGUGUGCUGCUGUGGAUUGGUGAGGCCUGUGAAGCCUUUCAGAUUCCCCUUCAGUGUUAAUCCCUUUAACAGAAACACACACACAAACCAACUGACAAUGAAAUGUUUGGCCAUUUGUCAGCCAACAUUAAGGUUGCAUUUGUCUGGCCAUUUUUUUAAUGACUUCUCCACUGCAUUUCCAUCCUUAUCCUUUAAUUGGUUGUCUUGUAUUGUGCAAUUAAUACAUUAAUUCUCACACGAGUCUUAAUCAUUAAUUUCUCUUCCAUCCUAACAAACUCUCAUCCUAAUGUAACCAAGUGAGAAAUGGUCCGAUUAUUGUUUAAGUUAGGAAAGCUGUUAUGGCCUAAGUUGUCCUGGAGGUGUCAGUAAGUAGCGAUGUUGGGUACAAGCGAAGAGGCUAGGCAUGCGCGCACACACACUACGCAAUGUUCUGUGAGAAGUGCGGGAGAGAAGUUCGCUCUUGGGUUUGUUGGUAGAUCUCACACCAUCCAGUGUGUUCAUUUAAAAUGUUGGGGGUCUCAACUCCUGGAAAUUGAAGAUAUUGUGUGGUGCAGGAGCUCAUAUAUUUGUGACUGUAAUUUCAUUUUUAUUUGUUUCAACGAUGUCAGUGGGCAAGAUAAAGAGUAUAUUCAUUUGUUUUCUUUUUCUUUUAUAAAAUUAGCUCACUGCUGUACUGUCUGAUGUAAAACUUGUUACAUACAGUGUAGUCAAUUCACUUAUCAGGUCAAUUACCGAAUAAAUGUAAAUCUAAAGAA